AGAAACAUUUAUCCCUUCCGACACUGCAGACCACCUUAUCCAACCCCUUUCAUAUUUUUUCAUUAGAAAAACUACCUUUUUGAAGCUGCUUCUUCAGUUUCAGUCACAAGCCCCUAUCUUAAAUAAUGGCUUCUCUUUUCCUCAAGAUGGUUUCAAUUCCACCAAGAACAACAAUCUCAAGCACAAGAACAAGAACAAGGGUGCCUUCAGUUCUACCUUUCAAGCUUCAGCACUUCCUGUCUCAUUCGCUGCCAGCAGCAUCCACAGCAAGAUCCAUGGAGACUCCCAAAGCCGCGGAAUUUCCCUCCGGAUUAGACGAAUCCACUGAGCAAGACUACGCUUCUCAGUCCAACCUCCUCCGAGAGUUUGUCUCCAUCCCCUCCAUCGACACCGCAUGCCUCCUCAAAUCUCCUCGCUCUGAUUCCGAGUCCCAAGCAAUGUUCGCCGUAAGCCAGCCCAACCUGGUUGCUAACAAGAAGAGGAAGUUCAUUCUCUCCUCCACCAUUCUCAACACCGGCACCUCCCCCACCUUUCACUGGUCUCCCUUCCCUGUCGAGAUGUCCGGUGUCUCCGCCAUGAUCCCUUCUCCUUCCGCUUCCAAGCUCCUUAUCAUUCGCAAUCCCGAAAACAACGAAAGCGCUACUCGCUUCGAGCUUUGGACCUCCUCGCAACUCCAACGAGAGUUCCAAGUCCCCCAAUCAGUUCACGGCUCUGUCUAUACUGACGCCUGGUUUGAGGGAAUUUCUUGGAACUCCGAUGAAACACGUGUGGCGUAUGUGGCUGAAGAGCCAGCUCCUGCAAAACCCUCCUUCAAUGAUCAGGGCUAUAAGAAAGGUGCUUCCAACGAUAAGGAUUGUGGCACAUGGAAAGGUCAGGGAGAAUGGGAGGAGGACUGGGGAGAAACGUAUGCCGGAAAGAGGCAGCCAGCACUUUUUGUCAUCGAUAUCACCAGGUUCCUUAUUACAGGUGGCGAUGUGCAAGCUGUCAAAGGAAUUGACAAAUCUUUGAGUGUUGGCCAAGUUGUUUGGGCUCCAUCAACCAAAGAAGGCUCAGAAAAGUAUUUGGUUUUUGUUGGAUGGUCAUUUGAGACAAGAAAGCUUGGUAUCAAGUACUGCUAUAACAGGCCUUGUGCAUUAUAUGCGGUUAAAGCACCACACCCUCACUCAAAAGCUAAUGAAGCUGAGAUUCACUCAACCGAAGAUAUCCAGGCACUCAAGCUUACUGAAACCAUAAGUAGUGCCUUCUUUCCACGGUUCAGCUCAGAUGGCAAGUUUCUUGUAUUUUUAUCGGCAAGAAGUUCAGUUGACUCUGGAGCCCACUCUGCUACAAAUUCUCUUCAUAGACUUGAUUGGCAUACUGACAUGAAGCAGUACAUAUCUGCAAAAGUUUAUGAUGUGAUUCCAGUUAUGAUGUCUGCUGAUGAUGGCUGCUUCCCUGGGCUUUACUGUUUUAGUAUGCUUAGAGAUCCAUGGCUUUCCGAUGGCUACACCAUGAUUAUACAAUCUAUCUGGCAUAGCAAUCAAGUCUUAAUUUCUGUCAAUGUGUUGAGUGGAGAGAUAUUACGCAUCACCCCUGCCGACUCAAAUUUCUCCUGGAGUCUCCUUAGCUUGGAUGGGGAAAAUAUUCUUGCUGUUUCUAGCAGUCCUGUAGAUAUUCCACAGCUCAAGUAUGGAACCCUUGUUAAGAAGGAGAAAGAAACUGGUAAUAGUGAAUGGAGUUGGUUAGAUGUAUCAAAUCCCAUAUUCAAAUGCUCAGAUAAGGUUACAUCUUUGCUGUCCUCUCUCGAGUUCAGUAUAAUGAAGAUCCCGGUUAAGGAUGGUUCUGAAAGCCUAACAAAAGGUGCAAACAAACCUUUUGAGGCUAUUUUCGUCACAUCAAAAUCCAAGAAAAGUGACGCAUGCGAUCCUCUAAUUGUGAUCCUUCAUGGAGGACCACACUCUGUCUCAUUAUCGGGUUUUUCAAAGUCCUCUGCCUUCCUUUCUUCACUUGGAUAUAGCUUGUUGAUUGUAAAUUACAGAGGCUCCAUAGGAUUUGGCGAGGAAGCUUUACAAUCUCUUCCGGGCAAAGCUGGAUCUCAGGAUGUCAAUGAUGUUCUCACUGCCGUUGAUCAUGUCAUUAGCUUGGGACUUGCAAGUUCUUCAAAGAUUGCAGUGCUCGGUGGUUCACAUGGCGGCUUCCUGACAACCCACUUGAUUGGCCAGGCACCAGAUAAGUUUAUUGCUGCAGCUGCCAGAAAUCCAGUGUGUAACCUUGCACUGAUGGUUGGUACAACCGAUAUCCCUGAUUGGUGCUAUGUCGAGGCUUAUGGAACCUCGGGUAAAGAUAGGUUCACGGAAGCGCCAUCAGCAGAAGAUCUGGCUCUAUUUUAUAGCAAGUCUCCUAUUUCACAUCUCUCAAAGGUGAAAACGCCGACGCUUUUCCUAUUAGGUGCGCAAGAUCUACGAGUUCCAAUUUCGACUGGACUACAAUAUGCCCGGGCUUUAAGGGAGAAAGGAGUAGAAGCUAAAGUCAUAUUGUUUCCCAAUGAUGUUCACGGUAUUGAAAGGCCACAAUCUGACUUUGAAAGUUUCCUUAACAUUGGGGUUUGGUUCAACAAAUAUUGCAAAUAAGCUCCAUUUCUAACCUAAUUGUAUCAUAUGGUUUGGUGAAUAUUCAAAUACUAAGUGGCAUGCUGUAUUUUAAUUAAGGAAAGAGGGGAACGCAUAAUCACAUUGUGUUUCUCGAUUAGCAUCAAUACAAUUGGGUUAGAAAAAGUGCAGGGCAUUCUCAAAUAUAAUAAAUUUUACAUUAUUUAUGAUAUUUAUUUGAAAUAUUGUUCAAGAUUUAUCUUU